AAGAGGGCAGCCCUCAGUCCUCUCGCCUUCUCCGCGCUAUCCACACGCGCGCGUACAGUGCCAACAAUUGUAUGAAAAAACGUGCUGUGUUCCAAUUUAUCACAUAAAAACUAUCGGAUUUUCACUCCUGUAAGUCAUUAUCCCUUAAGACGCAGCUGCAGCCUGGCAAAGCGGCCAGUCUACAAUACCCGGCCUUCGCAGAACAUGGAUGUGUAACUAAGUCCCACAAUGAGGUGUCUGUGAUCUAAGCACAAGAGGCGGUCGCCUACGAAAUCAAAAUGACGUCAGAGCGCGCCAUCCCGCAUCUGCGGGACAUCUUCGGUCUCAACCAGCAAUAUGAUACCAAAAGUUUCGAAGAUGACGACAAAGGCAAGAAGUCCAAGAAAAAGAAGGACGACUACCGCACCUACACAAACGGUGACGUCAAAACCUUAGAACGGCACCUCAGCAUGAAGAAGACUAUACGGAAGAAGAUCAUGCGGGAUCUACAGCAGGCGUUCGUUGAAGACCCUAACGAGUUUAAGGUCGAGAAUACGAGCCCUGAGAAAUUAAAGGCGGAAUUAAGCGCCGAGGCUGUGAAAAUUGAGAAAAACGUACGGAAGAAUGAUCCGACGUUCCUGGAUAUGCUACGAGGAGAGACGAGGGGUGAGGAGACCAGGGAGGAGCAGCCGCCGGCGGAGAAGACGAGCUUCUGGCGGCGGCUCACCAUGAAAAAUAAGAACAAGAGAUAAAGCAUACAUUGCCGAUACUCCAUUCUCAUCAAGCUUACUGGCCAUCUAAAAGAUUGAUAAAGAAAAUGUUUGGCAAAAAAAAUGGCGCCAACUACCUACGAUAUUAAUGUGAAUAUGGAGGAAUUAACUGAAAUUAAGGAUUAAUUUACCGAUAGAAGCACAUUUUAACAUCAGAAUACUGAAACCCUCGAUCAGUCAAAAUCAGAUCAGUGCACUGGUUACUUUUAUAAUACUUAUGCAAUAUGUAUAUAGAUUGGCCCAAGAAUACGUUGUAUGUAGGAAUAUUUUUUUUAUGUGACAUAUUUUAUAAAAUAUCAUAAAAAUUUAAACUAUAUACAAUCCUUUGACUGAUCUCCGAAAUGUUCUCUUUUAGCUUUGUUACACUAACGCAAAGGUGUGUUAAAAUUAUCAACAUUAUGCCGGAGGAAAAAAAAAUGUCAAUGUAUUUUUGGGCGACCGUGUAUUUGGUGCUUACGUCACAAUAUGUCAUUGUAUUUGACUGAGUAAGUAUGUACCUAUAUUGUUUGUUUUCGGGUAGUUUGGUGCCACCUAUCGAAAUUCGUCAACCGUAGGUACUCGUAUUAACUCCACGGUCUCGUUGUUUAUUUAUACAAUCUCGUGAUUUACGAAAACAUAUUUGAAGUGAACUUUAAAUCUAAGACUGUAUUUUGGAUGUUGGCAUAGACUAUUUAAAUAGACCAGUUUUGUACUUAUUCUAUGUCAAUUACUCGGAUAAUAUUUAUUAUUAUUGUAUAGUAAGUUUUGGACUUCUGAAAUGUACUGAUUAUUCAAUCGUUUUAUUGAUAGCUCGAGUGUAUAAAUUAAGAGAUCCGAAGGAAGGAAAAUCACCUGUUGUAGUAACAUUUAACACAUACCUACAUAAAACCUUUUCCGGAAGACUAUUAAUUUAGGAAUCAAUAUGUCAUGAUUGGUUUUAAUUUAAAUGAGUUGGCUCACGUACAUGUAAAAUUAUAAAGCUUUAGAAUAAUUAACGAAUGGUAUAUUUUUGCCCAUCUUGCGACCUUAAGAAAACUAAUUUGUACUAAAUGUUCCAUAUUAUUUUCUAUCAAAAUUAAUUAUAAUAUAUGUUGGGAAUUAACUUUUUCCAUAUUUUAGUGACAUUUUAACUCUACUGAAUCGAUCUCGAAAUUGGUCAAAACAAGUUAAGUGACUAGUUUCAGGAAUUUCAGGUAAACAUGAGUUGAUUGGUGUAAAUGUUAAUACUAUUAAAAUUUUUAAUUGAAGUAUCCCGAAUGGAAUGGAAUGGUUUCUUAGGUGUUUUUGAAACAGAACUAUACAUAUACUGCUGUAGGGUCAAACACAAAACUGUGUUCACGUCUUUCCUGUAGACGUACCCAAAAAUCAAGGGCUUCAAAGAUUAAUUAUCUUAUUUAACCCCUAUCCACAUAAAAAGGUACUCCUUUUAUUUGGAUAAUUAUGAUAAAAUCAUUACUUAACUACAUGCCCACAAGCUGUUAACACAUGUCCACAGGACAGAAAACUUAUGUGUCAGAACUAUACAGUUUUCUCUCCUGUGGACAAAAGCUAACAGCUUGUGGGCAUCUAGGUAAUGAUUUCAUCAUAAUAAUAAAUUAAAAAAAACCUUUAUAGCCACUUUUAGGUAUGUCUACAGGAAUGAUAGUGAACAUAGUUUUGAGUUUAAGCCAGUAAUCGUCUUAUAAGAUCCAUAAUUUUAUUACUACGUAUUUCAUCUCUUCCUUGCUUUAAUAUAAAAAUGCGGUUGCAACAUUACUCGAUAUUGGAAUGGUACUAAAGUUCUUAAUGUAUGUACCGGACAGCUAGCAUAUACCCAUUUGAAAAUAUAUUAAGUACCUAUGUAAUGUACAGUCAGCAUCAAUAUUAGUAGAUGAAAUAACUUAUAAUACUUUUCUAAAUAGAGAUUUACAAUUCAGUAUAUCUACAAUUCCCGUUUUAAAAGUAUCUGCCACAGUGUAAUUGUUCUUCAUAUAGAGACAUCUGUUUCUGCAAAGCUGUUAAAGAAUUUAACGCGUAUGAUAUGCUAGUUUUGAUGCUGACGGAAUAUAUGGAUCAUUUAGAUUUUUCUAUAUAAGUGCUUUUUCGCAAUAACUGCCCAAAAACGUUAAAAGCUUACACAACUGUUCGUCUAAGAUGGUCAAUUAUUUAUCGUCCUACCCCGUAGCCAUCACUUUCUUACAAUACAAGAAUGUGUCCAAAAAUGACGCAUUACAUAACACAAUUGACGAUAAAAUUGCAACCAACAUAUACUCGUACGUAACCUUCUGGCCGCGAUACCGUUUAUCAUUCGACAAAGAUACCCAUUUUUAAUCUUUUACCUAUGUCCUACCAUUAUGAUACUCGUAUAGAAGUAACGAUGUUCUAAAUCAUGUAAUAAGUACUACUGGAAGUCUUAAGAUUCGCUUGUUUUACAAGUUACAAGAUAUCAUAAAAAUAGCGGUCUACGAGUAUGUGGUAGGCACUACUGCAUCAAAUCAAACCUGAUGUAAUUUCUGGAAAUAUUAAAAAUGUGGAUGUUGGUAGGGUCAGGCCAGGCCAAGGAGAGGCAAGGUUAUGAUAGCACAAGUGUUAUUUAAAACGUCAAACUUCUAUGAUGAUGUAUAAAUACCACUUACACUGCGUUUGCUAUCAAAUUCGUUGUUCGUCUUGGUCUGACUCUAUCACCUCUUCUUAGUGAUUGGGUACCUACUACUUACAGAAAAGAUAAAGGCAAAAAUUUACAUCUGUUGUUAUGUGACCCUGUAAAUAUGUAAAAGGAUCAGCUUUUUUUCUAAAAAAUGGAAUCGAAAACGGAGUUUCGCGUUUAGUUAUCUACAGCUUUGUGUAAUAGUUGUGUAGGCUUUCAAAUUCCUCUGGAAUUUAAUGUUUCAAAUUCUAGUUUAAUAAUCGCAUAAUAUUAAGCAAUGCCUUCACUGGAGCACUACUUAUAUGGACUGUCAAACUGCAUGUUAACUCGUUUGGUGGGAACGGAGCCUCAGCAAUGUCAGCAAUGCUCCGCUAUUGUUACUUAUAAAAUAUCUCGUUCUACAUGUGAUGUAACGUUAAGUCGUUUAUGUUAGUUUUAACGUGCAUGCGGUCAAACACACGGUGUUACGGAGUGAAUUUAUCACAUCAUAAGAGGAUGUAUAACGAAAGUAUAUAACCGGUCUUCGUGAAAAGUAUAUGAGCAUUGUGGGGGCCUAGCCAAGAUGAUAAUCUUACCUUGACAAACGUCAAACGAAAAUAAAAAAUGGGAUCACGAUGCUAUGAAAUGUCAUGUGAAUAUUUCAAUACAUAUACAAUUUAAAUUUCAGUUGGCGUUUUCUAUCAACGAUUGCCAUCUUGGCUAGGCUCCCUGGCCUUCAUCCUUUCAAUUGAAAUGUAAUGGGCUGGGUAGUAAAGCUGGAAAGCUUAGAAUUUCAAAUGGUUGGAUUAAUUCAGUGAGAUUGAACCGGUGGAUAUAAUUCAUAUUGCAUAAUAAUUUGUAAAUAUACAACACAUAUUACUUAUAUUAUAAUAUGAUAAUGAAAAUAAAACAGGCAAAAUAUGAUAUAUGUAAAAUGGUUUGGCACGAAAUGUCUUUAAAUAGUGUUCGUAAUUACUAAUUAGUGGCAGAUAGAGAAAAAUUAUCGCCAUUAUAUGUGUGCCUAUGUCAAUACUGAGAUAUUAAAAAAUUACGUGUACCUAAAAAUUGGAGCAUAUACGAGCUUUUUACCUAUUUUAUACCUAAGCAGCUAAGCUUCACUUGCUUACACUAAUGGGUACCUAUCUAACCAAUUAUUUUAGAACGUGUCCGAUUGAUAAUCUGAUCGAAAUGUAUUCAAAAUAAGUUGAUUGUUUUUUGCUGAAAGUGACUGUGACAUGUACUUAUCUAAAGUCUAAUAUAAGUUGAUGGCAAAAAAAAACAUUUUUGAUACAAGCUUUUAUUGCUGACUGUACAUUUUUCCACAGGCAGCAUCGAGACAAUUCUAAAACCCCAAACACAAUUAGGUUGCGUUGUUUUAUCACAGAGUUCUUAUGGCUACCUCCUGUCUCCAUCAUCAGAUCAGCUUGAUGGUACAAUAAUAUUACAUUAUCACCCGACUUACAUAUGUAUGCAAAUUUACAGCUUUAUCGGAAAGCGGCAAAUUUAACUUGCAAGAUUUGUCCCAUACAUACUAACAGGGCAAGUUAAAUAAAAGCUUGUAAAAACAAAAUAAAAUUUUAAUGGUUGGAAUGUGGACUUUAAUGAUUGGAUUUUAUGGAAUUUUAAUGGUUGGAUUUUAUAGAUUUUUAGGGUUUUAUAAUUAUUUUGGAUUAAGUACAAAAAUUCACAAACGUCAAAUUUAUUGGUAUUGGGUACAAAAUGAACUCGGUGAAAAUCAGCUGUGUUUGACUGUAUACACAUAUGUAUUUUAGACAUAAGUAUCUAAUGUUGUAAGUGGUAAUUGUAUAUGGUAGGUUCGUGGCAAUUCCUAACAGUUUGUUGUGACAAUUUUAGGUAUUACUGCAAUAUAAAUAAUUUUACAAAUUUAA